CCGCCGUCUGGGUGCCGUGCUCUCCGUCGCCAUUUGUUCCUCCUUCGCGCCCGCCCGCUCAAAAAAUCCCCCACCUGCAUCAACCGAGCAUGGCGGAGGAGCAGAUGGAGGAGGCAUCCACGGCAGCGGCGGCGGCCACGCCGUUCCAGCUCCAGUUCGACAAGCCCAUCCCGUUCCAGAUAAAAAUGGCAGAAUGGAAUCCAGAGAAGGAUCUGCUUGCUAUGGUUACUGAUGACUCCAAGGUUCUCCUCCAUCGCUUCAAUUGGCAAAGGCUAUGGACAAUCUCUCCAGGGAAGUGCAUCACAUCUAUUUGCUGGAGCCCUGAUGGUAAAAUAAUAGCACUUGGCACAGAAGAUGGUUUGGUUCUUUUGCAUGAUGUUGAGAAUGGGAAGAUGCUAAGAACUAUAAAGUCCCACGAUGUUGCCAUUGUAUGUUUGAACUGGGCAGAAGAUGAUCUACUAUCAACGCCUGACAAGGAUGAUUUUUUACCCUAUGAAGACCGCACCGCUCGUUUCUUUCCUCCUGCUCCUGUGAUGCCUAGGAUAGGUGGAUUAAGUUCUGGAGAUACUGGUCUUGCGGAUGAAAAUGAAGAAGCCAUUCCACAAUUUUGUAGUGCUUCCUGUCAGCGUUUUAACAUCCUAUGCAGUGGUGGUAAAGAUGGUUGCGUUUGCUUCAGCAUUUUUGGAAUAUUUCCUGUUGGAAAGAUAAACAUAAAUAAGAUUCCAAUCAUUGUUGAAUCCUCUGGAAAAAAGAAUUAUCAACUCCAGGAUGCUUCAGUAAGCAAGGUCUCUUUAUCAAGAAACCUCCAGAAAUUGGUUCUUCUGUGCUACGGAAAGUUGAUUGACACCGAAAACCUUUCUCACAACUGUAAUACUGCUGGAUUACAUUGUCUCUACCUAGAUACAUCUAUCUUUUUCAACCGAAAAAAUGAGCUGCAUCAGGUGUCCCAACAAGCAUCGAGUAUUCAAGAUCUGGUUGAAGUUGUCCGUGCUUCCAUAUCUUUGAUAUCCAAACAAUGGUCAAGUGCUAUGAAUUUAUUUCAUGAGAAAUUUAGGGCCUUGCCCAAUCUGAUAGCUGCACAUGGAGUGGAAUCUAGUUCCGAGGAUGAAUUUCUAAGCCUUUUGUUUGGGACACGAACAAGUCCAGCACUUCACCAAUUUUUAGCGAGUUCACUUGGCGAAGCAGGUCUCAAGAGGAUAGCCAAGGCUGUUGACAGUGCUGGAAGAGAAAUUCGUGGCAUUGUCAGUGAGCAUCUUCAGCCUGCUGUCGAGAUUAUUUCAUUCAGACUUGCAGAAUUAAGAGGCCUUGCAAGAUGGCGUUCACGGUUUCAAAUUAUCGGGUUAGAUGAAAAGCUUAUGGAUGGUGUAACUGAGAGUAUAGGGAUGUUAGUUGUUCAAGUUGAGCGCUUUUCAAGGGUUGCAGCUACUGUUCUUUAUCUGGAUGGAGAUUCACAACAUGAGGAAUCCUCACAUAAAUGGACUGAUUAUGUAUGCUUCAAGAUACCUGAUGGAUCAAUUAAUGAAAAAAAUUGCAUCGGUGUCAUAAAGGACUCCGGUAACUGUUGUACUGCUCUCAGCAUGUCGUCACUUUCAGGGUUUCUAUUGCAUAUGCCUGACGAAUAUGAGUGUGUUGACUUAUCGUUUUAUAAGGACAAUCAAAUUGUUUUACUACUUAGUGAAAGGUCUCAUUCUGAUAGCCCUGGAAGAUCUUGGAUGGUGAUGCUGCAGACACAGAACCUUUCCUUCACGCUGCUCUCAGGAACAUUCCCCACAAAUAUUUACAGUCUGCAAAAACUGGUGGCACUGGAUCUUCAAUUGGACACAGAUUAUGGGAAAGUUCGUAGCAUACCUCACACUGUAUCUACUCCACUUGCAGUCAGUGCAUCAAGAGGAGUUGCAUGUGUCUUUUCAUCUCGGAGGCAUGCCUUGGUUUAUAUCCUUGAUGAGGAUGAGGACGAGGAUGAGGAUGAGGACGGAGUUUCUGAUAUGGAGUGAUUAUUAUCCAAUCUGCGGCAGCUUUUUCAGCGAAUUUCAAUUUCAUCAUACCACAUUAAGCUAGGAAAACAACGCAUCAGCAUUGUCUGCUGCCCUUCCUGUGCUGAGGCAGGAGCUGGGAGUUAGCAAUAUGUACGGAAACUAACUUGCCUCUAGUUUUCACGACAAAGCUCUAAAGCAGUGCAAGCUCUGGUUCGGAAGCUACAUCAGCGUGGUGGCAGAUCAGAAUGUGCUGCCGCUUUUGGGGCUGAAACUGUCAGCUGUAUGGGUGGGCUCUGCAAAUUGGACUUGAUCGUGGUUGUCGGCAAAGCGAGCUUGAUUGGAAAUGGUUUCGCAAUAUCUUUAUUUAUAGCCGUGCCCAUUUCUGAUGGUGUUGUGUUACAAAUAUUGGUGUAACGCUAACUUGCAAAAGAGUACCUUGCUAAUCUUGAUGGUUACAAGGGCUGAUAUGUCAAACGAGGACAUUUUCCGUAGUUGCACCGUUCGAGCUGCUUUGAUUUGGAAACAUAUUAAAUGCAAAUUUUUCUCUUGGUUCCAGUAUGCUAA